AUGCAAUCAUACACAUUUGAUUUCUUGCUGAACGCUUACCUAACUGAACGUUCAAAAGCAAUCGAUCUGUCUCAACUAACAAUACCAAAUCUUCAUGAAUCAUCGAAUGCUCUCUCAUCAUUGGAAAAGAUUUAUCAAGCAACCGAGCAAUCUUCAUCGCCAAAUACCAAUCUCACACCGAACGGAAUAAAGGAAAAUGACGACAUAGUGCUGAGUAAAGAUAAUCACGAAUCAUCACAAAUAAGUAUCACCGUUUGCGAUGAACAGAAGAAUGAAAAACGUCAAUUUUCAUGCAAUCGUUUACUAUUAAUCCGUGAAAUGCGCUACUUUGCCGACUAUCUAAAAGAUGAGCCUGAUCAAGCCGAAGAAGUGGAUAUCAGCGUUCAUUGUGAUAUCAAUAUAUUUCAAUGGUUAAUGUCAUUUGUUAAUCGAAGUUUAUCCGGCGAAAUCCCACAAUUGGAACCAUCGAUUGCGAUUUCAAUAUUAGUAUCGUCGGACUUCUUAAAAAUGGACAAACUUGUUAUUGAAACCAUGAAAUACAUUCACGAGCAUAUCAAAGAAAUUCUGACGAUGAAUUGUAAUCUAUCGUGUAUAUCCGAUGCGUUAUUCCAUAAACUAGCAAAAUACUUCUCCAACCCUUAUGAAAUCGAACAGUUACAUGAUAAACGAAAUCGUAUUCGAGGGAAAUUAUUUGAAUGUCAUUUAAUCGAGUUAUUGACAAACACAAAAAUCAUUCGUUGUCAAUUCUGUCAAACAAUAAUGACUAUCGAACAAAUGGAAUUCAUUCCUUGUCUAAUCGAUCGUUUCAUCUUAAAAUCCAAUGGAAAACUUUCUUUUCAACAUAAGCUCGAUACCAAAUUUGUUAUUAACGAUUGGAUUAGAGAUAUUCAUAUACGAGAAGGAAGCUCUUUCCGAAAUACAUUUUGGAUUGUCUGGUUAGUUACACAUGGUGACCAAUGUGUUCGUUGUGAUACAUACUUUCGCUUUAUUGACUUCUCAACAUGUUCUUACCAUUCACUCUCGUCGAUAACCGAUGGCAAACAUGAUUGUUGUUCGCAGUCUAUUAGUCCGUUUGAUAUUUUCCAAGUGAAUAUUCUCAGUGACGGUUGUCAACAGCGCGAACACAUAUGUCAAACGCAAAACCAAUUUUCAGAUAUUUACGAAAAUCUUGACAAAGAAGAGCUUAUUAAACAUCAGCCUGCACUGCAGCUUUCACUUCAUUAUACAAAUUCAACUAAUCUGACGACGACGAAAGUUCUUGAACAGUCUAUUUAUGGUUCUAUCAAUACUGAUGUUAAAAAAGCCGCAUUACGCGCGCGAUGGGCGCCAUCACUUGACGCACAUCCAUAUGGAGCCGAGAUAAAAUACGCGUGGGAUGCAACAAAAUCUACUCGCUGGAAUCAAGAUGCACAACGCGAAGAUGAACAUCGCCGUUUCGACGAGAUGCUUCGUCACGUACAGUCUAUUCAACAUGCAACAAAGUCAGUGGCGAAUCGAACAUUAAAAGAAUCAAACUUUGCAUCAUUUAUACCAUCUGGUGGAAUUUAUUGUCGAAUUGAAAACGAAUGGAGAGCUCGUCAAAGCACACCUGUUAAUAAUAAUAGUAAUAACGUAAAUAUGAAUAAAAAUCGACAACGCACUGCACUGAAGUGA